CGUUUGAAUAUCAGAUGUUUCAUAUCAAAAUAAAACAAAGUUAGGAGAAAAUGAUUUUGCUUUACAUAGAAAUUUUAACAAAACUUUCCUGGCGUUAGCAUAAGAUAGUUUUUAUCCUUGUAAUUUUUUUAAUUUGAUUUAAUUAAGUCGAAAUCAAUGGCGACCUUAGUAAAAGAGAAACGUAAAGAGAAAAAGAAAUCAAAAGUAAAAAAUGCAGUAAAACCUUUAGAGGAGCACAGUCUCGAAGAGACAUGUUUCCGAGAAGCGAUUGACGAAGUAAAUAUACACACAGAAAGUAGUUUACCAGAAAUUUCAAGCACAAUUGAUGAGGUUUUCAAUGAAUCAAUACCAGAAGAGAAUGUUAGGCCUGAAGCAAGUGAUGGGGACAACACAUCAUGUGUAGAAAAAAACUUGUUAGAUGAGUUAGGUUUAAAUGUAGCUAAAAUGGAAAUUUGUGAUAAAAACAUUGAAAUUGAAAAGGAAAUAAGCACUGAAGAGAAUAGCAAUAUAGUUCAAGCUUUACCUAAUUUUAAUGUAACCAAAACUGCCACAGGGUUAGAUUUUAAUGAAAUAGGAAAUACAUAUUAUGAUUUAAAUAAUAGAUUACAAAGAAUACAAAUACCAACUCAAGAAAUACAUAAUGUGCAAGAGAAACCCAUAAAUGAAAUUGAAAAUAAUGAUAUUGAAAAUGUAGAUGAAAAUACAAUGCCUUCGGCCCCAUUACUAGAUGUAGCAGAAAUUAAACAAACAGCACAAAUAACACAAUCAAAUAUUGAUGGAAUUAAAGUAAAAAAGCCCAAAGUAGCAUGUAUGCCUUUAGAAGAGGCAAUAAGAAUUUUUGGAGGCAGAGAAAUGGCUGAGGUUAAAGCAAUGAGCGAUAGAGAGGAAAUGGCUGUUGAAGCUGGACCAUUGAGUGGGCCAGAACAUCCCUUAGUAGAUUUGCUGACAACAUUUAGAUCAUCGCUAUCUGCCUUAGAGCGCGAGAGGAUCACCAUAAACUGUGGAUUCAUUGAAGAAGAGAAGAGAAGAGAACUUCUGUGGAGAGUAGAAAAGAAGAGUAUAACAAUAUCAGAGAAGUGUCCGUGUGGAGCAAAUGUGGAUCUUCGUGCUGUGUAUGAUCACGCUGAAUUGCAGAAGGACAGGCUUCCCGUUGCAAAGUUGAGGCUAGAAGGGCUGCUACGUGAUAUACAGGAGUGUUAUUGUCAUCACCAACAUGCUGCUUUAUUGGCGCAUUUUCGGAUAGAAGAACUGAUCUCGGAAACGAUAAAAAGCAAUAAGGGCGAGAUCCGCGAAGCGCUGACGCUGAUCCUACAAGCGCUGCGUCUCAGCGAUGGAGUCAGCGCGGUGUUCCCGGAAGCGCUUCAGCGCUGGGCCGCUGUGCUCGCUGAUGCUCUGGUGGACGAGCGCGAUCUGCGGCAGCUGCUGUUUGUUGUGCAUCAUCUGUUUAGACAGAGCCGCUCCGUGCAAUGGGCGGGGCGUGCGAUGCGCAUGCGCGUGAGCGACACCAGCUCGGCCGCCACGCUCGUCGCGUUCCUGGACGUACUGCUCUCCAGACCUUCGCUGGACAACGCCACGGAGUGUACUGAGGAUUUGGACGCGUGGGAGGAGGUGGAUGUAAAGGGAGAUGGUGGGGCGGUAGAGGAGGGGAGGCUGAGGGAGAGGGAUCUGCUUAUGUUGAUCAACUCUCUGCCGCUCAGGGACUUGGUGGCAAGGAUCGUCCUGUUCAUGAGAGUGGAUUUAAGCGACAGUGGGUCGUGGGGCGACGCGAGCGGCGGGCUCGGCGUGCGCAAGGCGUGCUGCGGCGUGCGCGCGCUGCUGCGCGUGAGCCGCGCGCCGCACCGCUACGCGCGGCUGCGGGCGCGCAUGCGCGGGCUCGCCGCCGCCGCGCUGCGGGCGCUCGCCGCGCUGCACAUGCGCUCUAGUCCGACAUACAGCAUGGAUUUAGAAGACAGCAUACAAGCAGAGCUGGAGGCGUGUUUCGCAGCCGGUGUAACUAUAAUGGGUGAGGAGUUACACAGACUACCGGCCACAUUGCUCACAGAAGACACAGCUAGGGAAUAUUGUUUGGCCUUCCAGAGUUUGCAUGAUAAAACGCCGCAACACAUAGAAACCCUAGGUAUAGAAACGCCAGUGCUGUCGUGCGACGUGCGCGUGCGCAUUGUCACGCAAGUAGCGAUAGACAGGGAAUGCGAUCACGAGCUAGCCAGACACGUGCUUGACUUCUUGUUUCAGACUGGUAUAAAACACAAGCCAUCGACAGUUAAAUGUGGAUGCAUAGAGUCAGCCCGCACUGAGUUGGACAGGCUAUUGGAUGUACAUCCCUAUUUACAUACAAUCGUUUUUCAUAUAUUUGCUGAUAAUACACAUGGCGACUCAGAUGCGUCACUAGUGCGUCACUUGUGCGUGACAAAAUGGCGGCCCACGACGGGUGAGAUUCGCUCGGUUUUGGACAACUGGACGGAGAGAUGCCCGCAGUUGAUACAAUACUUGUUGUUGGACCUGGAUUAUACACCGCACAGCGGCGUAUCACUAGAAAGCCAGCUGUUCAUCGGCUGGUGGCUAUACAACUUCGUCCCCGACGCCCCCGAGUGGGCGUGGGCCGUGAUGCGAUCGCUGCGGCUGCACCGCUCCCACUGGAGCCUGCCUCUCGAUGCCCCACCCUUGGACAAACCCCCGGAAACUUUGUUGGGUUCCAUGUACGCCAUAUUGGGGACAGAUUGGGGCCACUGUGUUCCGUUGGCCUGUGGAGCAGGUGCAGAGGCGCUAUACCGGCUGGCAGCAUCGCGGCCGCUGGAGGCCGUGCACUGCCUGGGCCGGCUGGUCACGGUGUUGGCCAGCUCGCCUGAGUCCAUAUCGCUCACACCUCGAUUCGCGGAUGCAAUAACAGCGAUAUUGAACUGGGGUCCGAACCUCGUGCAGCGGGCGCUCGGCCGCGGGGGGCCCGGCGGCGCCGACGCGCUGCAGGCUUGCGUCUUGCGCCAGUUGCGGGAUAUGAAAUCACACGUAGAGUACCGUUCGGCGCUAUUAACAGCGUGGAUGCACGCGCUGUGGCCGGUCUCGGGUUCGAGUCGCGCUAUUUUAGAUGCAGCCGUUCGUGCUACGCGCGAUUGGGACGCGCUCGACCGAUACGUGGCUGUGCUUUUGCAGGACAAGAACAGCAAGCGUCACAUAGACGAGUCGGUGCGGCUGGCCGGCAGCGCGCCGCACGUGUGCGAGAGCGUGCUGCGGCGCGCGCUGCACGCCGAGCUGGCGCGCGGCCUCGCCGCCCGCCUGCUGCCCCGCCUGCACGCGCAGCGCCGCGACGCCGCGAGGGUACACGUGGAUCAUGCUCUCAAGCAAGCCGGAAGUUCGAUGACAUCAGACGAUCUAGUGAUACAUAAGACGGCCGCCGCAGUGCUGACUGCACCAUCCACUAACCCAGCGCAUCUCACCUUGUGGAGACUCUUCUUUCAUAUUUAUUUGCAAAGACCACCUACCAAUAACGUGGAAACCACACCACCAGUUGGACCUCUGUUCUUCAGCGGACUAGUCAAAUCCCGAACUCUUGCGCAGCUGAAGAAGCGCCUGCAAGACGCAAUAUCGUAUCAUCACAACGAAAUAGAAGCACUUAAGAACAAACAAAGCAUCGAUACGCCCGAUACAUCGAUCAGAACAAUCGAGAAGGCUCCCACUUCUGAUAUGUUCCCGCAAUUAUCGAUUAUCGAUAUGGUGGAAGAGUCGAGUGAUGAAUCGAAUGAUGAGGAGGGUGAAGUAAAUAAUGUUGAGGUGAAUGAGAUCACGGCUGAUGAUAAUUCGGGAUUACUGGCCUAUCACGUUGGAGCAGAAAGGCUACUUCGAGAGUAUUUCCGCUGGCUUGAAGAAGGUGAAAGAGUUCGAGCCUGGCCUCACCACGCUGAUCUGUCAAGGUUCAUACCUGAACAGGCAUUAUCAUCAGCGUGGUCAGCGUCAGUCCCUCAGUGUGCAGAGCAGAAUCGAACCGCCGCCCCCCCUCCAGCCCGAGCUCCCACCACUCACCACGAGAGGGCGCUGCUCGCUAUACGAGACAUCAGCGAUAGGACACACCACAGAAGGAAAAAGCUGACAGUGAAAUCACUGGUUGAAGAUGUUAACUUCAUGGAUUCUCGCGCUGUGUUGAAAUCGAUCGAUCUGCGAUUGGGCGAAGUUGUCGAUUUUGCAAGGGAAUGGACGUCAGAGGUCUCACGUAUUUCGCAACUGGAUAGCAAGUUGUGGGAGCUGGUGGGCAAGUUGCGCGUGCGCAGGCCGCUGCCGCCAGUCAAGAAGUCGUGCCCGCAGAACUGUCGCCCCAUCACCAUACGGAUUGCGGAAGACGAGUGGUACAUAUCCACUGGUGUCGAACGUGAAAUACAAGAGAAUAGACGUGCGUCACGUGCGGGCGUGCGGCGCCUGUGCCGCGCGAGACCGCACUUCGCACGCACUGCGGCUGCGCUGCUCGCGUGCGCUGAGCAAACCCGGAACGCGGAAACGGCAGUGUGCGUGUGCGAGAGAGUCUGGCGAUACUUGCCUCUCGUUCACGCGUGUUCGCACGCGAAGGAGCUGUUGACCAAUCUUGUUACAGAACUUGCUGAGAAAUGGAUAUGUCACGACAGCCGGCGUACAGUGGAAUUGCUCUCCCGCUGGAGCCGCGGCGAGGCGAGCCAGCAGGCGCUGUGCGGGGCUCUGGUAGCGCCCAGCCGGCUGCCGCUGCACACCUGGGCCGAGGUGUACGUGGCCGUGUGUAGCACGAGACUGCCCUCGAACGCGAUGUUUAGUUAUUUGUCUAAAUUUGACAUGUCGCGCUGGUCACAAGCGGCGGACACGUCGCAGCGGACCCAAGUGCUGGAGGCGAUGGCGGGCGCCGCGGAGAGGUGGGGGGCGAAGCCCGACCAACAACACCUCGUGCUUAUUGAAUUGCUAGGCGUACAGUCGUCCGCGCUGGUGACGGCGCGCGAAGUGGGCGCGCACGUGUGCGGCGCGGCGCGGCGCGCGGCGCGCUGUACGCUGCCGCCCGCGUACUGCGCGCGCGCACCCGCCGCCGCGCGGGCCGCCGCGCGCGACCUCAGCUUCGAUCAAAUCGGUCAUCUCCUCCGCGAACUCGGCGUCAUCUGGUGGGAAGCUAGGAAAACUUCGUCCAAUAAAGAAAUGUACCCCCACUACGCUACACAUUUCGCCGAUGUGCUGGCGGCCCUGCUGCACGCGUUCGUGGCCGCCGCUGUGGACAUGAGCUAUGCGCCCGAGAGAGUAACUCUAUACGCAUGGUCGGCAAUGCUCGAAUCGUGGUCUCCAUGGAUCUUGCCGCAAUCCCUGCCGCCCCUGCUGCCCUCGACGUUUGACGACGAGAUGUACACCACCAUGCUGCAGCGGUUCGUGGCCUGCAUUCAGCAGGUCAUGGAGGACUAUCCAGGAAGUGCGGAGCCAUUGCUCUGCGAAGUAUGGCGGUGGUCGAUAGAGACGCACGCAGCGGUGAGCGGCGUUGCCAGUCCGCAGGAGGCGCGGGUGCAGCUGUCGGCGCUGCUGUGCGCUCUGUCUCGCUUGCACUGGCGCUGCCAGUGGUACAGCGCGCACUGUCUGCCGCUCGCCGUGCAGAUAAGCAAUUCAUCAGACAGAGAGAUAACGUCGUGGUGUAGUGUAACAUUGAACCACACGCUCACUGACACCUGGCUGCAUGGCGUGUUGGACCAACACUUGGCGCCAACGUUGGCCAAUCUCUUUGCGCUGUUCACAUCCAGCAAUAUGCAGUUUUCGCAAGAGUGCCUAUCCCAAGCGUGUGGGUUGCCAUGGUGGAGGUUACCUCUCAGCGGGCUAGAACAGCUGCUGGACCAGUAUUUUCAGCAGCAUCACAACCCCGCCAUGCCGUACCAUGAGUUGCCGCACUUCUGCAUAGUACUAUCGGCGACGCAACUCCGCGUGCGGACCGCGGUGGCGCAGCGUAGGGGCGCGUCACACGCGGCGCGCUGCAGCGGCGUGUCGAGCGCGCUGCGGGCGGGUGUGGCGCCGCCCUUGCACGCGCACCUGCGCGCGUACGUCGCGCACUUGCUGGCAGUUAUCGCGGAGUUAGUUCCUCACAUAGAGAAGGAAGAAGGACAGUUGGAAGAUAUCUUAAGUCGAACUGUUGUCGUAUUGUGUAUGGAGCCCGCCGCCAAGAUUGUCCUUCCUGUAUACCUGGAGUGGAUGACGUCAUCAGCAGUGCUAAAACCGAGUCUCAGCGCAGUGGCCACCCUCACCGCGCUGGACUACUUUUUGCCGCUGGCUGAUCGACUGGCUAAGGCGCAUCUCGAAACUAACACUACAGGUUGGUCGGAGCUAGAAGCACGUUGGUCGUCCAGUGCGUGGUGGGAGGCGAGUGUUUGCAUAAAACGCGGCGGUUUGCACGCCGCGUACGGCCUGCUGCGGGCGACACGCGGCAGGCACACGCCCGAGCGGUUGCUCGACGCUAUGGUGGCAUUGAAUAAUGUGGAGGUUCACUUUGCUGAAAACGAAGAAAUCGUCGCGCUAUGGAUCUGCGUCGCGUGUCGCUUGGCUUUACACGAGAAAGCGGGAGGCAGUGAAAAGGGAGAGCCUAAAGAGAGUGGGGCAGAAGGGAGUAGUGGAGAGGAGAAGGAGUAUGGAGGAGUUGCGAGGGAGGUUAUCAACAAGUGGGCCGCUGACGCGAAGCGGUCGUUGCUACAAGUGGUAGCAUUACAGGCCGCAACUCCUGCGCCUACGCACAGGCAUCGUGCUCUCUGCCGUUUCGCACAAUGCAUACUGUCUCCCUCUGAGAGUGUACUGCGUAGUUUCGAGACAUCUGUUACCGCGGUGUUGGGUUCGACUCCUGGUGACGUCAUGGCGUGGGUUAAAACACCAGACUUAAAGAAAUUACUGCGAUUAGCUAAUAAAUUAUAUCCAGGGAAGGAAGUUUAUUUCAAAGAAGAAUCGGAAAUGGCUGAUAAAUAUAAUUAAAUUGUUUAAUUUUCUAUGAAUUGAACUUACUGUAAUAUUGUAUCGAAUUUAGAACUAGUUUUUGUUAAUUUUUAGCGUAUUAUGUUUUAUGAUUCUCAUUGCAAAACGCAUAUUCUAUCUUUCUGUUAAAUUUUAUAUUAUGUUGACUGAUUUUUUUAUAUUUAAGAG